AGUAUUUAUUUCCUGCUCAUUUAUAUGUCGGUGGAAGUCAGAAGAUGCACGUUAAAUCUGAUAAACGGCUUCUUCAAAACACCAUAAUUCAUUUCGCAGAGAAACUUAAAGUUUUGGAUCUUGUAACAUGAAUAUUUACGAAGGUCUGAAUUCUUUUUCAUCCUACAAAUUUGUUUGGAAUAAGUGCGAAUUUCCUCUCAUCGAUUUCGUUCAAUUUUAUCCAUUUCCUCAAAUAGUUCAGAUUAAGGACGGUUUUUGUGGGAGCAGCGAAGAAACGUCGUAUCUGAAGGAGAUGUUCUUUAUCUACACGACCUCAAAGAAACUCAAUGUUUUCAAGCGCAAACAGAAUGUGGCAAGGAUGCUCAAAUUCCAUUAAACCUCUCACAAAAAGUCAAUGUGUGUUAUGAAAAAUCUUUAAAAGACGUGAAAUCGCCAAUGAUCUUGAAAACUUUGUUCCCUGACAAGUAUAAAAAAGUUCAUCUUCAAAGUAACCUGAAAAAUUAUCUGGACAAUGACGAUGUUUAUUUCGCUGGCGAUACUUUAGAUGUUGUUGAAUUUGAUAUUUCAAGAAAGCAAUUGGUUUGUUUGAACAAGGAAAACCUUUAUGUAAGGUUUAGUAUGCGUCAACUGGUUCAUAUGAAAGUCACAGAUAUAACAACAGCUUCGUUUUUCCUUGCCGAAGUAUAUAAAAGAUUCAACUUACCUGUGAUUGUUUUGUUUGGACAAAAGGCGAAAUUUAAAGGUUUAGUCACUUUAAAAAAAGUUAUAACCUUGCAAACUGUUAUAGCCUCCAGCUGGCACGAAGAUGGUAGGACAAUUUUGACUUUUCCCGCUGACCUCGAGAUUUCAGUGGUGCCACCUUCCCAGGAAACGAUGUACGAUCUUACGUAUCGCAGGCUCUUGGAUGGAGUGCACAAGCGCUUAAAUUUUGAUAAAAUUGAAGAAACAAUUGGGCCUUGCGAGAUAUUCGAUGUCAGCCAACCUUGUGCUGUUAAGGCAAUACCUUUCGGAGCUUUUCUGUUGAAUAGACCAACAGGCAAGGGAAAUAAAAGCGAAAAUGACAGCAAAAGGAUCGAUUUGUUUGAAGAAAACAGCAAUUCGUUUCAAUCACGUGAUGGACAAUCUGCGUAUGGAAAUUUUUUGGAAGAAUUUCCGUCUGAUGAACGUGGCUACCUAUGCCCGAAGGAUGUCCUUGAAAAGUUAGAAAAUUAUCGACAGGGCUCCGAUAGUUCCUCGAGGCCUCACGAGGCUAUGUGGACCACUCAGGAUAGGGACAAUCGAUGUACCGAUGCUUUAACCACGAAGGAAAAAUCACCUGACAUCAAACAACAUCAUACCUGUCAAAGUAUGAAAGACUUCUCAAUUCAGGACGUCUGUUCACUGCUCAGGGAGAUAAACCUCGAGCAAUACGAAGAUAUGUUUGAGCAAAAGCAAAUCGAUGGUGGAUUGUUGGAAGAUUUGAACGAGGACGUGUUGAUAAAUGAUUUUAAAAUGCCAUCGUUUCAUGCUAUGAAGUCAAAAAAAGCUGUCAUGAACAAUUGGAGACCUUUGAUAAUUCCAUCACCUGACAUCAAACGACAUGAUACCUGUCAAAAAUUUAAUUUGAAAAGCCAAUUUCUUGAUGAACAUUACAACAUUAAAAAAGACGUACAUAAAAAAUUUAAAAGCAUAUCGUGGAUAUGUGGCAACUAUGGAACAGUUAAAAAAACAAAGUUAUACCAUAUCCUCAUUUGUAUAUCACAGUUGAUGGUGAUGAAGGAAGGUCCGAUGAAGAUUUAAAGAAAGAAAUUGACAAGAUAUUUGAUUGGGAAGCAUCAAAAUUCAUUGAAAUCAGGCGUAAACCUUACAAAAACCCACAGAUUCGAUAUUUAUCAAACUUUCGCGCUGUUCGAAAGAAUGAUACACCAAAUCCAAUGCAAAGACUGAAUGGUGUUGUUAUGGCAAACCAAUCAACCAGUGGCUCUCAUGGUACAAUUACAAUGUUCUGUAGCAAAAACAAUAGGUAUUACGCCUUGACAUGCGCACAUGUUGCUUGUGGCGCAAGUGACAUGGUGGACAGUGCAUUGGCUUUUAACCAGAAAAAAGACUUUUUGGCAAUUCGCGAUGCCGUCAAACAUCUUAAUGAAGGUACAGCUUAUUUUUAUAAACUACCAAAAACUAAGAAAGAAGUUGAACUUCCCUCUUUUCCUAAUGGCGUGUUUGGUCAUUUUGACGGAGAAGUUGAUAUUGUGAGAAUUUUCAUCGGUGAUAAACCAUGUUUUCAGUAUCUUGGAGGAGAUGACUUGGAAUGUUUUGCCCUGAAUUUAGAUCUAGCAAAUGAAGAACUUUACGAAAGAAUUGAAAAUGUGGAUGAAUCUGUGAAAGUUCGAACAGAUUAUCAUAACAUUGGAUUUAUUAGUGAAAGAUGUUGUUCUCACUUGACAAAGUCUUCAUAUGAAAUCGAGAGAGAAAUCAUUUUUCAAAAUGCGGUGAAGGUCAAAAGUAAUUUCCAAUUUCUAGAAAAUGGUUACUCUGGUGCACUUGUUUAUUUUUUGGAUGAACAAGAAAAUUGGCAGCCAUUUGCAUAUGGUGUAUGUGAAAUAGAUGAUGAUGAUGAUGUCAAUGAUGGUGAGGGUGGUUGUAGUGGUGGUGGUAAUAUUGAUGACAAUGAUGGUGGAGUUGGUGGUGAUGGUGGUAAUGUGGACGAUGAUGGUUAUGGUGAUGAUGAUGGUGGUGAUGAUGAUGGUGGUGGUAAUGAUGAUGUGAUAUUCAAAGGUCCACUUAUGAAGACCUUCAUAUGUUUGAAAUUAGAUAAAGCUUUAACUGCUGUUGAAUUGGAUGAUUGUGAAUACUUCAGAUCAGAGGUCUAAACAGCAAUCCAAUGUCAUCGGAACAAACCAACCGAUAGCACACGUUUUUAUUAACAUUGACAAGAAAUAAUGAUAUUUAUAAUUGUAUUGUUUUUAGUUGCUUUAUAUUAUUUCAUAUUGUAUUUUAGAGUUUAUCGCGGAUAUUUUGCAACUAGUUAUAACUUGGAACAGUUAUAAAAAACAAAGUUAUAUCAUAUCCUCA